AUACGUUAAUGAUAAUGAUUUAUUGGAGGUGGUGGUAAUAUAGGCAACACACUACGUUGCAUUAAUGAUUGUGAUGAUAAAAUUGGGUUGUACCCGUCUGGUUAGAAAAAUAUCUAGCGUAGGCUACCCAAAAAAAACGUUAUUUCUGACUAGAAAUAUUUGGAAUAUUGAAGGGCAUAACCUAGAAGCACAGAUUGCGUAUAGGUAUAUUGUCCAGGUGUAUGCUAACAGAAGAAACGUACAUGUCAAAUAUAGCCUACUUACAAUAGGCUACACUUAUGACUGUUUUACUAGGCUAUAUUCUAACAUAUAGGCGAUUAGAUAUAGUCGAGAUUGUGUGCUUGUAUAAAUCUAAUAGGACAAAUACUAUCGCAUAACUAUGUGUGUAUGGGAAAUUGAAACAUCAGCAGGAGGCUUCAUUUUAUUUUAUCUUUCUUACAACCUCAAAAUCUGCAUUUUGACAGGUAUUUUAGUUAAUGAGACCACCUUUACUCAAAAUGUAACACAAUGAAAUGUAUUUAAAGAUGAUUCCCCUACGAAGAUCCAUAAAAUACCCCACCUUUAUGGCGUUUCCACUUCCCAAGACAAAUAACAAAAAUGCUAACACGUCUGCAAUUUACAUAAAAAAGAAAGUGAAAUACUAACUUACUUAUGUGAUAUUAUAUUAUAUUAGUACUUUUACUUUGUAUUUACUUCAUAUUGUAAUUCUGUUUUUUUUCCAUAUUGUUAUUCUACUUCUCUCCUUUCUGUCUAUCUCUACUGCAUAUACUACGAGGCCCAUUGCAUCCCUCCUUGGUUUCUCUUUUUUCUUUUUCUUUUUGUUUGAGUUUUGAGUUUUUACUUUUCCAAAUUGAAGGUCUAAGGACAGAGAAUGGCCAAUGUUGUACACACUCUAAAGCCCUCUGAGACAAAUUUGUGAUUUUGGGAUAUAUGACAAAUUGACCUAACUUGACACACUUUGAAUAUUCCAAAAACAUUAACUACUCUCUGUUUUACAUACAGGAAGCCUUUUCAGCCUGUGAUGCUUCUCUACCUGUGUACACUUACCUGGCAAAUGGGCAAGCCAGGCAAUAAAGGGACUGCUGGAGCCACUGAGGGAUUCCUCCCUGAUGAAAACCACUUUGCUUUUGAAGGAGAGCUGCACUGCUAGACAUGGACUAACCUCUAGUCUACAACAAUCCACCCCCCAUACUCUGACCUGUGAUCUAUCUCUCUUUGUACAUACAGGACCUUCCACCUCUUUGACUCUUUGUUCUCCUUGACCAUUCCCCCCAAUUGUCUCUUCUUGGUGUCUCUGGGCUUCUUGUCCCUUCUUGCUGCCAAGCUGGAUUUCCUGCAGAUGAAACAUCUGAAGAGGAAGAGGAAGAGCAACUACAGUGUGAGAGAAACACAGACUCUCAUCAGGGAGAUCCACAAGAGGACAGACGUGUUGUUCUCCAGACAGCAGAACACAGCCAUUAACGAGCUGAAGAGACAGGCAUGGGAGGAAGUGGCACGAGGUGUUAAUUCUCUGGGAGAGGGAGAGCUACGCACUGCUGCUGAGGUGAAGCGUCGUUACCUGGACUGGCGUGCACUGAUGAAGAGAAAACAGCUUCGGGCUGAGCUCUCUCUCUCCUCCUCCUCAUCCUCAUCUGUGGCCCUGAAGACUGAGUAUGAUCAGUCCUCCCCUGAGCAUGAGACAGCUUCUCUGGGAUCUGGGUGUGACCAGCUGCUUGACCUCUCAGGCCUCUCAAAGGAUUGUCACUGCGACUGGCCAGAGCUGGCGGCUCUCGGUGAGCCGAGCGGGCAGGCCAUGAUGGCACCGCUGGGUGUGAAGAUGGAGGAUGAUGUCAGUGAAUACAGACUGGAUGGUGAUGGUGAUAUGGGACACAGAGAAAUGGAUGAAGAUGAUAUUCCCUCCCUCCUCAGUGACAUUGUGUCACGUGGUGAGGGGCAUGUUGGUGAUGUUUACUCCCACAACGACUUGGGCAUGCUCACGUCCUCCAAGGCUCCGACGUCUACCACCAACCGAGACUUGCCACUCGCUGGUGGCCUGAUGGGGAUGCCAGCCCAAGCUCUGGGUGGACUAAAUAAUCAUGAAAAUGUGGGGGCAGGUUUUCGUGUUGCUGUUGAGAAACAGCGACUGGAGCUGGAAAAACAGCGCCUGGCUGUGGAAACUGAACGUCUGGCAGUGGAGAAAGAGCGGCUGGUGGUGGAGAAGGAGCGACUUCGUCAGAUGGAGGUAGAGAGGGAACGGCUGCAGCUAGAGAGAGAGAGGUUACAGGUGGAGAGGGAGAGGCUGAGACUUCUGCUCCUUAGCCAAUCAGAGCGUGUGGACUCCUCAUUUGACCUGCCGCCGCAACAAGGCCCUCCUUCGUCCUCCACAUCUUCUUUAUCCUCCACUCAUGAUGGACAGAGGGAGAGAGAGAAAGAAAGUAAAGGCUGGAUGCCAAUGGUGGAUCUGGAGACAGAAAGGCUAAAACUAGAGAAGGAGAGACUGCAGCUGGAGAAAGAGAGGCUGCAGUUCUUCAAAUUUGAGGCAGGCAGACUGCAGAUUGAGAGAGAACGCCUCCAAGUGGAGAAAGAGAGAAUGCAGCUGCAUCAGGGCCACUGGGAAAAGGACUGAUAAGAGAUAGAGGAAAAGAUGCACACACAUUUUUCACCAGCAUCAGGGGAGCUUUAAUACUGAAAACAACCCAGAAUGUGUGGAUUUGCAUCAGCCGCUGCUACAGCUUUCAAGUUCCACACACGUAUCCUUAAGGAAGAUGUUUGGCACUGGAAUUUGGUCAAGGACAAGACUGAGAUGGAGGUCGGACAUAUUUAUGACCACCAUGAUAAAGCAGUGCCUCAUGAUGUCUUCAUAAAAUGCGUGACAGGACAGAAAAGGUGCCGUCAUGAUAACAUCUAGCAUUUGUUUGGCAUACGCAGCUGGUUGGCCCUGAACAUAUUUGAUACAUAAAAUGUUCAGUACCUCAUCCAAAUAUACAAUGCACAAAAUGUGCAGUUUAAAACAUCAGAUGCUGGGAUAUCAAUAGAACACAUGCGUACUAGACAUGUUUUAUAAUGGUGUAGAUGAAAGAAUGGAACUGGGAUGUCUUACUCUGCAUUUAUGCACCAAACCAGUGCCAACUUAUCUACUGCAUGGGUGCUUGUCUGUAAAAGAUAGCUUCCAACAUUAAAUAGAAAGCAAACAAUUGUUACUUGUACAGAGAGUUUUUUAUGCUAUUUAUGUUUUACUGUCAAGUGCUUGUGUUAAAAUAUCUACAUGAUAUGUAAUAUUUACAUGCUAAUGCUUAUAACUUUGUAUAGUUGUCCAACUAUUUUAAACUGAUAUUUGCUAUUUUUCACAGCAGAUAUUUUAAUUUGUCAUAGCAUGAAAAGCACAGGUGUUACUAAUCCCAAAAACAAUGGCUCUGUUCUAUUUACAUGUCCCAGUAAGCCAUGACAGUGUGACUGUGAGCCAGCAUGCACAAUACCAGGAUUCUGAAACUGAAGUAGCUAAAUGGAAUUCAGUCAAUCAUUAAUUUGAAUAUUUAUACCUGUGUGUUUCCUGCUGUGACAUGUCAAAAUGUUCCAUGAAAUAAGGCGUACUAAGAUUUUAUGUUUUCUCCAUUAAGAUUUGUGGACUUGGAAAAGAGCUUGAACAUCUGUGACGAGCAGCUACUGGAAGUUGGGGUGUGCAUGCUAGAAGAUGAAAGUGAAAUAUUCCAUUAAUGGCUUUUUGCUUUAGUUCUGUUGAGCUAUGAAUAUACUGUAGUAUGUUAUAUUAUAUAGUGUUACUGGCUGCUAAAAACUGUGACUGUAUACUGUCAUCCAACACAUCAAACACAAUAUACAAUGCCUUUUGAUUAUGUUGUAAACAAUCACCUCUUUUUUAAUGUUUGUCCUGAGUUACAACUAAUUUAUCAAUUUGCCCAGCAGCCCUAUAUUAUUAUUUCCUUACAUUAUAAUUAUAUCUGUGAUAUGCAUAUAUUUGUAUGCUAUUUAACAGUUUUUUUUAUGAUUUCUUACUCAGUCCGCACUUCCCUGUUGAUACAUUUUUAAAAUAAAGUUAGUUGAAAA